UCUCUCUUGCAAAGUAAAUGAAUGGCUGUGGGAAACUCACACACUGCAAUGUAAAACAAACCCCACAAGCUAACUUCAUCUUUUAUCCUUAAAGAUUCAAUCUUUUGCUCCAAUUCAAGAUUCUAAGGUAAGAGCAACCAGUUUCUGUGUUUAUGUGUAUACAUAUCUGAAUGUUCUAGUUACUAUCAAGAUUCUUUCUGUUGAUUCUUUGAUCAUCCUGUUCUUGUAUCACGCUUCUGGGGUUUUUUCAACUUCACAUUAAUCUGCGAUAUAUAUAUAUAUAUAUAUAUAUAUAUAUAGAGAGAGAGAGAGAGAGAGAGAGAGAGGGGAGAGGGAGAGGGAGAGGGGGAGAGAGAGAGAGGGGAGAGGGAGAGGGGGAGAGAGAGAGAGAGAGAGAGAGAGAAUGCAAGCUUCUAGUAUAUUACCUCAAAGGUGUGAGCUUUUCAUGGGAGCUCAUUUGGAUUAUGAACUGGGUUCACCGUACUAUAAUUUAAGUUUAAGGAGAAAAAGAGGACUAGCUUAUUAUAGAAGAGGCUGUGCUGAGUUGUUUGUAUCAACUAAAUAUAGGAGGAAUACUAGUAAGCACUGUUUUAGGAGACCUGGUCAUGAAUUGGGAUGUUUUGUUUUUUCCAACUACUCCACAGUUAAAUUUUAUAUGUUUCACGAGCCGGUAAGAGAUUAUAGUAGGACAAGUUUUUCUCCGGCGUGGGCAUUGGAAGGACAAGAGGUUGAGGGUGUAGAUACCAAAGGAGAUUUGAAUUCUUUAGAUAGGCAGACGGAUGAAAGUGUGGGUUUAAAUGGUGCUCAUGUGAAUAGUGUUGAAGGGAAUGACAUUGCUAAUAACAAUGAUGACAAACUACAAGAUCAUUCUAUUAAAGGUAAGGAAGAUUUUGGCAAAGAGAGGAGCAAAAGAAUUGAUGUCCGUGCAUUGGGGUUGGAUUUACAGCUUGCCAAAACUCCAGAUGAUGUGGAGGAGGUUCUUAAAGAUAUGAAUGAGGUUCCUCUCCAGGUGUACUCGUCGUUGAUUAGAGCGUUUGGCAGAGAGAAUAAUGUUGAUUCUGCAUUGGCUCUUUUUAAUUGGCUGAAAAGAAAAAAGAAAGAUUCUAGCAGUGUUGGGCCUAACCUUUUCAUAUAUAAUAGUCUAUUAGGCACCCUGAAACAGACAGGGAAAUACAAGGAAGGGGAAAAGCUCAUGAGUGAUAUGGCUGCGGAAGGCAUACAGCCUAACAUUGUGACUUACAACACUUUGAUGGGAAUUUAUUUGGCUGAAGGCCGUGCAGUUGAUGCUCUUAACCUUUUUGAGGAGAUAAAGAUGAAGGGCCUAUGUGCAUCUCCUGCUUCAUACUCUACAGCUUUGGCGGCUUAUCGGAGACUAGAAGAUGGAUUUGGAGCCUUAAAGUUUUUUCUUGAUAUAAGAGAAAAAUACAAAAACAAUGAACUAGGAAAUGACCUUAAUGAGGACUGGGAUUAUGAGUUUGCCAAACUAGAGAACUUCAUUGUUCGAAUUUGCUAUCAGGUGACGAGGCAAUGGCUCGUCAAGACUGACAACCUAAGCACUAAUGUAUUGAAACUUUUUGCAGAUAUGGACAAGGCUGGCCUUCAAACUGGCAAGGCAGAAUAUGAGCGCCUUGUCUGGGCAUGUACUCGUGAAGAACACUAUGCCGUGGCGAAAGAAUUAUAUAAUAGGAUAAGAGACAUGGAUUCUGAGAUAAGCCUAUCAGUUUGCAACCAUAUAAUCUGGUUGAUGGGGAAGGCUAAGAAGUGGUGGGCGGCGCUGGAGGUUUAUGAGGAUUUGUUGGAUAAAGGGCCGAAACCAAAUAACAUGUCAUAUGAAUUGGUAGUUUCUCAUUUCAAUACUCUGCUUACUGCUGCUAAGAAAAGAGGAAUUUGGAGGUGGGGUGUUAGAUUGCUGAACAAGAUGGAAGAGAAAGGUAUAAAACCGGGAAGCAGAGAAUGGAAUGCUGUUCUUAUUGCCUGCUCCAAAGCAUCAGAAACUUCUGCAGCUGUACAAAUAUUUAAAAGGAUGAUAGAAAAUGGUGAGAAGCCGACAGUUAUAUCUUAUGGUGCAUUGCUCAGUGCUCUUGAAAAAGGGAAGCUAUAUGAUGAGGCCCUUCAGGUGUGGAAGCACAUGCUAAAAAUGAACGUGGAGCCAAAUUUGUAUGCCUACACAAUUAUGUGUUCAAUAUAUGCUGGACAAGGAAAAUUUGGCAUUGUCGAUUCCAUCAUCCAGGAAAUGAUCACAUCUAAGAUUGAGCCAACAGUUGUUACAUUCAAUGCAAUUAUUAGUGCUUGUGCUCGAAAUAAUUUUGGGGGCUCAGCAUAUGAAUGGUUUGAGCGUAUGAAAGUACACAAUGUUGAGCCAAAUGAGGUUAGUUAUGAAAUGUUGAUUGAGGCGCUUACGAAUGAUGGUAAGCCAAGGCUUGCAUAUGAUAUGUAUGUCAGGGCUUACAUCAGUGGCCUGAAUCUCUCUUUAAAGGCAUACGACGCUGUUAUUGAAUCAGCAGAGACUUAUAAUUCAACGAUCGAUGUUGGUUCCAUGGGUCCUCGCCCAAUGGAGAGAAAGAAAAAGGUUCAAAUCAGAAAGAAUAUGUCUGAAUUCUCUAAACUAGCAGGUAUACCCAGGAGAGGUAAACCAUUUGACAGAAGAGAACUCUAUGCUCCAGAAACAAUGUUAUAGUUCAUUAAGCUCUUAAGUACAUGUAUAUAUAACAUUGUGACCACACUUUGUAAUUUGCAUCUUGCCAAUCUGAUGAAUAUCACCAGCCUGUUUAUUGAGUAA